UGGCACUCAGACCUAAUUCCCCUCGCUGGCGAUAGAUGGCGCUGUCGUCAGUAGAUUAGCUCAGUGGCGGCGUGAGUGGUGACCCUCAUGUCCGCGGUGGUUUGUGUCCUAGUGCCUUCCCGUGAUGCCUCCCAUUGGCCCACACACGCCAGGAUCCUCCCGCUAGGCAGCCCCGUCAUGAGGAGGCGAUGUACUGGGGAAGCAUGGCGUGCAGAUGACAGGGGCGGGCGUGAAGGCCGAUGGUGGUGAUGACUACAGGCGGACGGUGACGGCACCCGGGGGUCGUGGCCGCUACUACCUCCGCCCAGAUUACCCCCACCACGACCCUCACCCGCCCCGCCAUGACUACCCGCCCCGGGACUACCUGCCGGAGAAGCUUGAAGACCUGUACCCGCGGCACAAGGAGGACUUCUACAGCCACCGGCCCAAGGAGCGCGACGACCUGGCUGCCGGCUACGGCCCGCCCACCCCCGACGAGCCCUUCACCCGCACGCCCUCCGCCCGCGGCUCCAGGAUGCCCCAGGACCGCUUCUCCAGGAUGUCUGACUACCCGCCGCCGCCGCCCACCCCCGAAGCGCGCGGUACCUACAGCGUGGGCGGCGGAGAAAGGAUGUCACGUCUGAUAGAGCUGUGCAACACCCUGGAUGGGCGGGGCGGGGCUGGCGGGGCGGGCGGGGUGGGCGGCGGGGCCGGCGCCGGCGGCGGCGGAGGGGCGGCGGUGGGCGUGGGAACCAUGGGCGUGGCCACCGGGUCCCGCUCCCACCACGACCUUUACGGCUCCCUGGACGGCCGCACCUCGAGGCUUUCCGACAUCUUCCCGACCAGCGAGGCCGCCAGGCUGCGGCAGUCAACCGACUACCGACAGGCCGACGAAACUCGCUCACUCUCGGGCCGCGAGGGCGUCCUGGAGAUGUGCCGCCGACGGGAGCUGCCGCCCGCGCCUCCCGAGUACCGACUCCACGAUUACCGACUGAGACACGACUUCCGGGGGCCACCGAAGCCCCAGCCGCCGCACGACCAAGACGUGAUCGAGAACCCGAUGUACGACGUGGAGCGGCGGGGCGCGCCGGGCCCCCCGCGCACCCCUGGCCCCGGACCCCGCCCCUCCUCCGCCGCGCCCACCACGCCCACGCCUCAGGCUCACCAUCAGCACCACCCCCACCACCCAGCCCACCCGCCCCACGCCCAUACCCCCGCCCACCAGCCCCAGCACGCCCACCACCACCAGGCUCUGCAGCAACAGAUGCAGCAGCAACAGAUGCAACAACAACAACAACAACAACAACAACAACAACUCCAGCAGCAACAACAACAGCAACAGCUGCAUCCUGGCCAACCCCACCCGGUGGCCGCCACUCACCUGCAGUCCCACCCCGGACCCACCCACCCUGGGCCCGUCCAUGGCGGCCCCACCCACGCGGCCCCAGGCCACAGCGGCCCUGGCCGGCCAGAGGCCCCGGGUGACAGACCCGAGGGACGCUACACGGCCGUCAUCGCCCGCCAGGAGGACGCCCUCAGGUACGUGCCUCGCUGCCCCGCCCUCCACCAUGCUCCCAGCCAACAAGAAGGUCUCAGGCGGAUGGUGCCAACUGGGCGGGCAGAUGGCCAGCGAACUGUCAAUGCCCCAGCACCUACCCUUGGCCCCUCCCUGCCCUCUGCAGCUGUCAGGCAGCAUGGCCAGCCCCAGGCCCACCCCCCACCCAACCAGCACCAGCACCAGUUCUCUCCCCCAGCUCACCCCCAGAGCAUGUCAAGCGCCAACACCAUGACCACCUCCACCACCACCACCACCGCCACCUCUGCUGCCCCCAAGCAACCUCCCACCCUCUCCAGAAGCCUGUCCCGGAAGGAGCAGGUCAAAGCGUAUGUGAAGAAAGAAACCAAAGAAUUCUUUGGACUAGAUGAGACCUCUGAAGAUAAUCAGAGACAACGCUGGCAAGACAAGCGGAAACGUUUGGCCAGCCGCAAGUAUGGCCAGCUCAAGGACCAGACCAACACUACCCACCACACACAGUCUUUCACCAGUGACUUCCAUGCCUUAUCAGAGCUUCGGGAGGGAUUGGGCAGUGGUUUGUUGGACUCGGUGGACGCGACAACGUGGCCUCAGCUGCCUUACCCCGGGAAGGACUCCGUCGCCAAGAUGACCUGGGAUGGCAUCUCCUUUGCGGUGUCGACGGUUGCAAAGAGGAGAGCCAAGAGUCAAAUCUCAGGUACGGCAGGUGGGCGAUCCAAGAGCCGGAGUUAUGCCCCCUCGUCCAUGUCUGUCCCAGAUGAGGUGUUUGAUGAGCCAGACAUCUCCCCCACCACCACCGCCACCACUACCACCACCACCACUGCUGCCACCAUGCGCCCCACUCCCCCUGUUGACCACUACAAUAUGGAGUCACUCUCCAAUGAAGUGUUCUUUGACAGCAAGGUUUCGGGCAGCCCUGAGGUAGGAGCUGGCACCUCUAGUUACGACAGUAGUAAAGAAGUAUCAGGAGCAAGGUACCACCCAAGUGUUCAAAGUGAGAGGCAGCAAAAGCAGUUCCAAGUUUCGGACUCUGUUGAUGCCAGUGGGCGGUCUAGUGCUCAUAUUGGUCGCUCACGCAUCUGGAAUCGAAUCCUGGACAGUUGCUUUGACAACUCCGAUCGAAGACAAUACGGCAGAGGACUGUUGGGCAGAGCCUUUGGGCGAAGAUUCAGGGAAAAUGUGAGACAAGAAAAGGAUGUGAGGAAACAGCUGGACGAGAUGAAUGACUACCGGCCAUACUUCACGUGGUGGGUCACAACUGUUCAGGUGGUGAUCCUGCUGCUCUCCAUCAUGUGCUAUGGCCGUGCUCCCUUUGGCUUCUCUAUUAGUCAGCAGAAGGGACAGGUUUUGAUGGCCAGCUUAUCAAUACAGACUGUGGAUUACUGGGAACCUUCAAAUUUCUGGCUUGGUCCACGAGCAGCUGACCUCAUACACUUGGGUGCCAAGUUUGCUCCCUGCAUGAGGAAAGACGAGAAAAUCUUCCGGCAUGUGGAGGAGCAGCGGCGGGCGGAGCGUGAGACCGGUUGCUGCAUACGAAAUGAUGACUCCGGCUGUGUACAGUCAUCUCGGAGGGAGUGUUCGCCCCUGGGUUCAGGAGACAUGGAAUCGAACCGAUUGUCGGUGUGGAAGAAGUGGAGCGAGCUAGCAAAGGGCCCAGACGGCAGGCUGUCUGGCUCUGUGUGUGGCCAGGAUCCCAAUUACUGCAAAGAGCCGGCAUCUAUCCCUCCACACGAGUGGCCAGAUGACAUAACACGCUGGCCAAUCUGUCGGAAGAGGAUAGCGGCAGAAAAGAAAAUCCAUGCAGCAGAGCACAUGGCUUGUGAGGUCAUUGGUCACCCAUGCUGCAUAGGGAUCCACGGGGAAUGUCGGAUUACCACGCGGGAGUAUUGUAACUUUGUGCGCGGCUACUUCCAUGAAGAGGCCACACUCUGCUCUCAGGUGUCCUGCUUGAACAACGUGUGUGGGAUGAUACCCUUUCACAACCCUGAUGUUCCAGACCAGUUUUAUAGAUUGUGGACAUCGCUAUUUAUUCAUGCAGGAUUCAUCCAUUUGAAAAUCACAAUAGUACUCCAAUACCUGCUGAUGCGGGACAUGGAGAAGCUUGCCGGGCCCGUGCGCAUCGGGAUCAUCUACAUCGUGUCGGGCAUCGCUGGCAAUCUGGCCUCGGCCAUUUUUGUCCCGUAUCGGGCCGAAGUUGGUCCCUCGGGCUCCCAGUUUGGACUGCUGGCAUGUGUGUAUGUGGAAUUCAUCAACUCAUGGCAGAUGAUAAAGAACCCAUGGAAGGUGCUGGCCAAGCUGGUGGCCUGGACAUUGACUUUCUUCCUGGUGGGGCUCUUACCGUGGGUGGACAACUAUGCCCACAUAUUUGGCUUCAUCUUCGGGUUCCUGCUCUCUUAUGCACUGCUGCCGUUUGUGUCGUUUGGUCCGUACGACAGACGGAGGAAGGUGUUGCUCAUCUGGGUGUGUCUGGUGGCCGUGGUGGUGAUGCUCACAGCGCUUAUAAUACUCUUCUACGUCACGCCCAUAUAUGAGUGCAAGAUCUGCGAAUACCUUAACUGCAUCCCUCUGACUCGAGACUUCUGUGCAGAACAGAACAUCGAUUUCAACAAGAAGUUGGAUAUUUGAGAGGCUGAUGCCCCCUCAUCCAGGCGGCUCUGCUGUCAGUCAACGGUCACCGACGUGCCAACAUUUCUAGUAAUUUAACCAGUGUAAUUAUUACUGUGUGUUAUACAAGUGAUCACCGCUGUUAUGGUCAUUUUCUAGUUUCAUACUCGGGGAAUAUGGGGUACACCACCGCCUAUUUUGGCCACGUGUUAUGAGGCUGGCCAAGUUCUGGCCAAAGAAACAGGUUGGUAUUGACAAGUUGUGAACAAGAUCCUCAUACAUGCCUUGAACCAUUGUAUAUAUACAUGCAUACAUUUACCUCCCAGUAUGCCCAGUAGUUGCCUUUUAAAUCCAUAAAGAACAUUGCUAUUUUGGCUCUAAAGUGCAUCUGGAAACCUCAUACUGCAUCCUACAAUGCCUGUUUUGUAAUAAAUUAUGUAGAUGGAUGGGAAAAAACAAAUCAGCACAUGGUAAUGUUCCUAGAUAUAUAAGUACUUCUGAGGAGAUAAAUCAUAUAUAAUAUUCAGUGCAUAGCAGAUUCAGGACUUACUUUUUGAAAUGAAAAAUUGUAUUGAUCAUGAAAUAUAAGUUCCAGCACUGACAACAUAUCUUGUUCACAAUUAGUGUUGAUACCAGCUUGUUGAGAGCCUAUUGUGGUAUUGUGACAUUAAUGGUCACCAGAACACAGAGGACUGAGGACACACAAACAGUUGUACCAAGAGUUCUGGGCCACAAUUCUGGAACGCCACAAGACCCAGCAACAAGACCUGGUGGGCCUCUCGAGGCACCCAUGUGUUAGUCUGCAGAAAUCUCCGCUCAAACCCCUCAAAGACAAACCCACAGUGGACUUCCAUAAUUGUGGUCCAUCUAACAAAAUGGAGAGUGAAAGAUGCAAAAAAAUCCUCAUUCUUAUACCUGAUAUUAUUAUCGUUAUUAUGAUUCUGAUUGUAUGUGAAAAGUUAAGUGUAGGUUAGGAUACCCACUGAUUUUCCCCAUAAUUGAGCCCCAUAUGCAUAGUGUUAAGAUAAUUGGACACCACAUCCUUAUUUCCCUCUUUUUUAGAGGUGACCCAGGCAGGAGUAACUCUGAGCCACCAUGUUCUCUCACUCUCCACUCUGGCAAGUGUGACUCAAGGGAGGGUCUCCAGGGGCACAGUCAGUCACUUUCACUUCCAUUUAUCUCGUCCUACUCUUGUGUCGUCACCAGCUUGUGCCGGGUUCUGAGGAAGGUGGGAGGGAGGGGAUGGGAGCAAACUGUCAGUGGGUGAGGAAAAUAUCAAUGGGUGAGUGUGCCACCAAGGUGCCAGGUGUGUGUUUGGAAGGUGAAAAUUAUGUUACCAAUUUGUGGAGCAGCAGUGCAGAUGGUGAUGGCUGAAUGCCUUGUUCUACUUUGGUUAUUAUUGUAAUUACAGGGAUGCAUGUGCUGCCUGUGGUGCUCACAAUUUCCAGGCAUUAAUAAAUUGAAGCAAAAUUUGUAUCGGUGACUACAAGGAAGAUCUCAUGUGAUGAGUUUUCCUUUACUGAAAGACAUGUGUAUUGUUACUGGAAGUAGCAUUUUUGUGUGUGUGCAUUUGCAUAAUUCACUUUGUUAAUUAUAAGCUUAAAAGUCAGAGUAAGGCAUCCAAAGUGAUUGUUGGUGACAAAAUUAUACGCAUACUUGUUUUAGGAUAAGAUAAACAAGGAGUUUCUUA